AUGGGCCAGGAUAAAGACAAGCCAUCGAACAAUGACAUUCGAGGUCAGCUUUCUGAUAUUCAAAACCGCUUGUUUUUCUCGGGAUCUAAGGAUCUGAAAAAGCCACCGAAGAAGAAGGCUGCUCCCUCUAAUGUUGAUGCUUCCGCUGGCUCCCCAAAUAGCUCACCUAUGAAACCAAACACCACCAUCAUUCCCAAUACAGUGCCUUCGUUGGGCCCGGAAUCAAAGGGUAACGACAUGAACUAUGUGGUUGGGUUGAGUCAGAAUUUGGUCCAAGAAUGCAGACGAUUGAAUGCUGACAACCAGAAGUUGAAAUCUAAGUUGAAGUCCAACUACGAAGAAGUAGAGACUUACAAGCAACAAAUAAUAACCCUUCAAACGAGAGGCGAGGCUCACGCAAGCAGUGAAGUGGACUUAAAGGACAGAAACUGGGAAUUAGAAUCCAUUGUAUUGGGAUUGAAAGAGCAAAUAGCCAAGCUUACUUCAGGUAGAGAAAGGUUGUUGAAAAGCGCUAAAGGUCAUGAGGAUCAGUCUAGCAACUACCAGAAACUUCACGAAGAUCUUCAAGUCAAGUUUAAUACUUACUAUGAACAGGCUGAAAAGGUCAAAUUGAACCACAGCAAGGAUCUCGCGUUACUCAAUGACCGAAUCCAGCAAUUGAAUGAUGAGAAUGAUCAUUUGACUGUACAAUUGCAAAGCAAAGCAGCUGGAUCAACCCAAUCCAAGUCAAUUGCUGUAAAUUCCGAUUUAUUAAUACCUCCCAGCAUCAAAGACGAUAAUUCUGACAAUGAAUCCAUAGAUUUCGACUCCCUUAUGAUCGAUGUAAACCCUCAUGAGUUGCCUGAAACCGAUCAUGGAAACCCUGCGUUGGAAAUCGAGACUUUGAGAGCUUCCUUGAAUCACUCCAAUAGAACAAUUUCGAAGUUGAGAUCGACUUUGUUGAAGUAUAGAGCUGAUGCCAACAAAUCACUUGAGAGCAUUUCACCUAAUAAGAGUUCAAAACUCUCUAAAAAGUUGAAGACAAUGUCUGAAUUGGCUUCACCAUCGAAUAGAAGCCCAGCGGUUUUAUCACCCUCUAAACGGAGUUCUAAAUUCAUGAUAUUUGGAAACGAAGAAAGUUCUCUGGACUUUCCAACAGAAGAAGGUAAGUGGGAAGAUUUUAUUGGUGAAGAUUUGGAUGGUGUCGAGGCAAAGAGAUUAUCUAUGUUGAAUAGUACUACUAUCAUGGACUCUGAGCUUGAUUUACCACGCCAUGAGCCUAAAGAAGUUAACUUUGCUGUUGCCACUGGUGAUCAUACCAUGCCAAUCUUGGUUAAUUCAGAUUCGGAUGACUCGGAUGUGGAGGAACGUGGAGACUCUAGAUCAAUAUUAUCAAAGGACUUAUUAGGGGCUGAUGUUCAACCAAAGAAGCAAAUUGAAGACUAUGCUAGAGAUAACAACUUGAUUUUGAUUCCAUUCGAUAAAUACGAAGAGCUUCUCUCCAACGACAUUACGUCAAUCAAUGAUGACAGACUCAAGGACUUUACUAAAGAAAGGGGUUUUGUUCCUUUGACAACUCAAGAGUAUGAUGAUCUUUUGAGUGAGAAAGAGAUGAGGAAGAGAUUGGAGUUGAUGGGAAUAGUCACAUUACCAAGUGCUGAGAUCAACGAGUUGAACAGUACCAAGAAAGCUUACCACGAACCAUCUGUCCAAUAUAUUACUUCGAAUGCUGAGAAAAUGGGAUUAUCAACCUUGAAGCACAAAGAACUUGAAUCUCUCCACAGCAAAAUCGAGGAGUUGUCUUCUCCAUCAGAGUCAUACUUGAUAGAGAAGUGCAAGGAAAGGAAUAUGGUCCUCAUUUCUCAAGAAGCUUUCGAUGGUUACCAAACUCUUGUAAUUGACCAUGAAAAGCCAUCCAAGGAUUACAUCAAAUCCAAAGCAAAUGAACUUGGAUUAAUAAUUUCAUCAUCAAGCUUCUACGACCAACUUGUAAAGCUUGCAAAUUCACCUUCAGCCGAACAUUUACAAUCCAAGGCAUCCGAAAUUGGCUCGAUCGUUCUCGAUAAGGAUACUCAUGAAAAGUUAGUGAACCCAGACUCUAAUUCAGUCUCUAAGAGAGCUACUGAAUUAGGCAUGAUCGCUGUUCCAAUUGCUGAAUACGAGACCAUGAAGUCAUUAGCCCAUGAGCCAAGUCUUGAACAUAUUCGGUCCCUAGGGCAUGCCCAUGGCCAAAUUUUAUUGUCUUUGGAAGAGCAUAAGAGCCUUGUUGAUGCUGUUGAAAAUCCGUCAAUUGACUCCAUGACAAUAAAGGCUAGUUCAUUAGGCUUUUCUACCAUAAAGACAAAGGACUUACAGGACUUACAGAAGUCUGCUAAUACUCCAACACUCAGUCAAGUCAAAGCUCAUGCAGAGAACCACGAUUUGGUGACUUUGCAGAGGAAGGAAUACACUAAUAUGUAUAAGGUUGCUAAUGAUCCAACAUUGGAAGACUUAUCCAUUAAGGCAGCCAUAAAGGGCCACACCUUAGUGGAAUCACAAGAAUUGACUAGAUUGAAGCAGUUAGAACAAGAUCCAUCUUUAGACUUUAUUCAAGAGAAGGCUCAUCUCGUCGGAUAUUCGGUUAUCGAAAAGCAGGUAUUAGACAGCUUGAACGAUUUGGUGGACAAUCCGCCUUUAGAUGUUAUUAAACAGAAGGCCGAGUUCAACGAUCAUGUUUUAUUGAGCACCAAUGACCAUAGAAGUUUAAAGGAAAUAGCAACCAACCCAGGCAUAGACCAUAUCACCAAGGUUGCAGCCCUAAGAGAUCACAUUGUCUUAUCGAGCCUGGAGAAUGAAAAGUUGCAAAAGGCAAUCGAAUCCCCUUCUUUGGAGUAUUUGUCUAGCAAGGCGACCCUUCUUGGAUUUUCUACACUCGAGAUAGAGAAGCUCAAUGAAUUAUACAAACAAAUUGAGCACCCAACGGAAGAUUAUAUCAAAGAUAAGGCUAAUGGAUUCGAAUCUCUUCUAGUGAAGAAGGAUGUCUAUAAUGAUCUUUCGAGGAAAGUCAAUAAACCAACUCCUGAAGAGUUGAUAACCCAUGCAGAAGCAUUAGGUUACUCUGCUAUCCCAACCAACAACUUGAACUCUCUUCAACAUUUGGCACACAGCCCCGAGGUUGACCAUAUCAAGCGUACGGCUGAAAGGCAUCACAUGGUUCCUGUUAGGGUUGAUGAAUACCAAAAACUUAAGCAAUUGGCACACGAUCCUCCCAAAGACCAUAUUCAUAAGGUUGCGGAAGCAGCUGGUCUUGUUGCAUUAGCUGGUACUGCUCAUGAAGCUUUGAAGUUGAGAGCGGAAAAUCCAUCCGUAGAGAAGGUUAAAGAAAUUGCCCCCAAGUAUGAUUUGGUAACUUUGAAUACCGAAGAUCACAAUUCAUUACUUCAGACAGCAAAUUCUCCAACUCUCGAACAUAUAAUUGAAAAAUCAAAAGACUACGGUUAUCACGUGGUGUCAAAUGAAGAAUUCGAGGAUAUAUCUACGAAAGCCAACAACCCAGACUUGAAUCACAUAAAGUCAAAAGCGACUGGUUUGGGACAUGUCAUUAUUUCCGAUUCGGAGUAUAGGGAAACUGUCAAGCUGGCUCGUGAGCCUUCUAUCGAGGAAAUUAAUGUUCAUGCUAGUAGGAAUAAGCAUGUGCUUAUUCCUUUUGAAGAACAUCAAACCCUUCAGAAGAAUGCAAACAGGCCAGACGAGAGUCAUUUGUCGAAAAUUGCAGGUGCCAUUGGAUUGGUAACACUUAGAGAAGCUGAAUUGAAGAAUCUCAAGCAAAGAGCUGAGUCCCCAGAUCUUGCCCACCUUAAAGAAAAGGCUGUCAACCAUGGACAUGCUUUAGUGGACAACGAUGAGCUCGAAACACUUCAACUCCUCGCAGACAAUCCUCCUUUGGAUCACAUCCGCCAAGUAGCUUCAACUUUGAACAUGAAUCUUAUCGAUAAAGACGAACAUGAAUCCCUCACAAAACUUGCUAACAACCCGUCUUUACUGUAUAUUAAAGCGAAGGCAGAGUCACUUGGAUUUGUUGUAACAGAACAAGAUCAUUACAAUGAUCUUCUUAAACUCACUCAAGAUCCUCCUUUGACUCAUUUGUCCGAGAAGGCAGCCAAGAUUAAUCACGUUUUUAUUCCAAAAGAACAGCAUGAGUCGAUGUUGAAUCCAACUAAGAAAGAUGUAGAAACAUUUGCUGCACGCCACGGGGGAGAAUUUAUUGAUAAGGCUGUACUUAAAUCAUUGAAAGAUUUUAUUGAGUCUCCUACGCAAGAAUAUAUCGAAGAAAAGGCUAAGACCAGAGGCAUUGUUACUCUAUCUGACGAACAACAUAAGACGUUAUUAUCAGAGGCAAACGACUUCAAUAAAGAAAAGGUGAUUGAAAAAGCUGCUCUCUUGAGUAUGAUAGCUCUUCCUAUCUACAAGUAUGAGCAGAUGAAGGACAUUAUUGAGAAUCCUAGUAAGGAGUAUCUCCAGUCAAAGGUUGGAGCUUAUCAUUCUACCCUUAUUGAUUCUGAAGAAUUGUCGAGUAUCAAGCAAUCUCUUGAAAGUCCAACUUUGGAGUACUUGCAAAAUAAAUCCAAAACUUACGAUUAUGUGACAAUACCAGAAAAGGAGCAUGAUGAAAUGAAGAACCAUUUAAUAUCUCCACCUAAAGACUUUUUGGCUAUGCAUGCUAGUGCUCUUGGAAUGUCAUUGAUUGGUGUUGCAUCUUUGAAGCAGUUAACCGACUCCACACAAAACCCAACUGGAGACCAAAUCAGGAAGCAUGCUGAGAAAAAUGGUGAUGUGGUAAUUAGCCGAGAUGAAUUAAAAGACUUGAAGGAAAAACUAGACAAACCAGAUUUGAGCUACUUGAAACUCCAUGCGAAAUCGUUUGAUAAUACUGUCGUCUCCACGUCUGAGUACCAAGAACUUUUGUCUUUAAUCUCUGCUCCAACAAGAGAGCACCUUGAGAAAAAGGCUGAAAGCGCAGGUUUGGUAGUGGUAUCCAAGGUUGAAUAUAACGAUUUAAAAAACAUAGUCAGUAACCCAGACGUGAACUUCAUAAAGGCUGCCUCCAAGGACUUGGAUCUUGUGGUUGUUGAAUCUCCUGUCUACAAUAGAAUGGUACAGUCCAUCGAACAACCAGAUCUUGAAUAUUUGCAAGAAAAGUCUAAGGCUGUUGGUUAUGAGACUAUUGAAUGCAUAAAACUUGAAGAGUUAAACAAUAAGACUGAAAAUCCAUCGAGAGAGUACUUGGAAAGCAAGGCUCUUAAGCUUGACCUUGCUCUUAUUUCAAGCAAGGAGUUAAGAAGCCUCAAGGAAAACUUCGAAUCCCCUUCGAGUGGGUUCCUCGAAGAAAAGGCUGCAAUUAAAGGUUUGGUUGUCGUUGACAAAUCCAGCUAUGAUUACUCCUUGUCUAAAUUGAACAAGCCUGACAUUGACCACAUCAAAGAAAAAGCGACAGCUCAUCAAGCUGUUGUUAUUCUGGAGUCUGAGUAUGAGCAAUUGUUGCAACCAAGUAAGGCUGAUGUCCAAAAGCAUGCUAAAGGAUAUGGCUUGAUUACGGUUGAGAAAAUCCAUUAUGAUUCUUUGAAUAAGCAAAUUGAAGAACCAUCUUUGAGUUUCUUAACAGAAAAGUCUGCGAUUAUGGGUUAUAAAGUUAUUACGAAUGAUUCCUAUAAAGAAUUGAACCAGUUAGCAAAUUCCCCAACUCGUGAUGAUAUUGUCAGACUUGGUGCUGGAUUAGGAUUAGGUGUUAUGGCAACGGAUGCAUUAUCAAAACUUCACCAUAAUGCUGAGACACCUUCCAUUGACCAUCUUACUGAAAAAGCCAAGACUCAUGGAUCAGUGGUUAUCGAUUUUAAGGAUUAUGAGUAUUUGAAAAGAGAAGCAAACAAGAGCAUUGAUGAAAAAGCCAGGGAAACAGGAAUGUCCAUUAUAGGUGUUGAUGAGCUUAUCAGUUUGAGAAAGAGAGCUGAUAGUCCUUCGGUGGACGAGUUAAGAAAACAUGCUCAAAAUAACAAACUCGUUCUCAUCGAGGAAUCCGAGUACAGAGAUUUGAGGGCUCAAGCAGAAGAGACCAUUGAAGAGGCCGCCACAAAGGCCAAUAUUAAGUUAUUGGCAAUGGACGAAUUCAAAGAGUUGCAAGAGAAGGCAGAAAACCCAAGCCAUGAGAGAUUGGCAGCAAAAGCUGCUGCUCUUGGUUUUAGUAUUUUAGGAGCAGCUGAAUUAAAGAGUUUAAGAGACCAUAAAUCCACCUCACUUGAUGAUCAUGCCAAGUCACAGGGUAAAGUCUUGUUGUCUCAUGAGGAACAUGAACUGUUGAAAUCAAUUAUCAAGGCUCCUGACUUGUCUCAUGUAAAACUUAAAGCUGAAUCUCAUGAUCAUGUUGUAAUCCCAAGAGUUGAAUUUGAACAGUUGGAAACGUUGAGUAAGGAUCCUCCAGUCGAGCAUUUAAGAGAGCUUGCCAGCUCCAAGAAUCACGUAAUUCUUCCUGCUGAUAAGUUCAAGACUCUUGAACAAACUGCAAAUGAGCCAAUUGAAGUAAAGGCCAAGGCCCUUAACAAGGUGUUAUUGGACGAGUCUACUCACAAGGAAAACACUUCCAGACUUGCCCAGUUAGAACUGAGCUAUGAGAGUCCAGACUUGGAGUAUCUUAAGCAGAAAUCAUCCGCUCUCAAGCAUGUUGUAGUUUCCACAGACGAAUUUGAAGAUUUCAAACAAAAGGCUAACAAACCUAUAAAGGAUCAAGCCUUGGAAUCUGGCUUUGUAUUGGUUCCUGAAGCCGAAUUCGAGCUGAUAAAGAAAGAUCUUGAAGAACCACUAGAGUCAAAGGCACAGAAAGAAGGUCUUCAUAUUCUUCCAAUUUCUGAGCAUAAUGAAAUCUUGGAGAAGUUGAACCACCCAACCUUGGAAUCUUUGAAAGCGCACACCGAAAGAUCUGGAUUUGCAAUCGUUGCUGCUACAGAAUUUGUAUCUCUCAAAGAUGCUGCUAACGAGACAUUGGAAGCAAGGGCUACUAGAGAGAGCAUGAAGCUUUUGAGUCCAGAAGAAUAUAACAAAUUACUUCUGCCCACUAUGGAAGCUGUAGCAAUUCAUGCUAAUGCUUUUGGCCAUGAAUUAAUAUCAUCCGAAGAAUUACAUGAUUUGAAGCGUUCAUUUGAUGAGCCACUUGAAGAUAAGGCGUCGAAGAAGAAUUUGACUGUAAUCACAAUAGCUGACUUAGAAGCUUUGAACAAUCAAAUUGCAAGGCCUUCUUUUGAACACUUGAUCCAGAAGGCUAAGGCCUUGUCUUAUACUCUUGUUACUGAUGAAGAGUACAGUAGCUUAGCAACCAAUUCCAGUAAAUCAUUAGAAAUGAGAGCUCAAGAAGAAAGCAAAAAGGUAUUAACAAACCAAGAAUACGAUGAUUUGAUUUUCAAGGCCAACAUGCCUUCAUUAGAGAUGAUAAGAGCUAAAGCUGCUGAUAAUGGAAUGGAAGUUUUACCAUCAGAAGAGUUGAAGGAGUUGAGAGAAAUAUAUUCAAAACCGUUAGAGCAAAGAGCCAAAGAGGAGGGAUUAGUGGUUAUCAGUCAAGAGGAGUAUGAUUCUCCAAGCCUUGAAUAUUUAUUAGAAAAGGCAGAGGAGCUGAGUAUGUUCAUUCUUCCAAUUGGAGAGUUUAACCAAAUGAAAACUACUAUAUCAGAGCCCAUUGAAACGAAAGCUAAGAAACUUGGAAAAGUGUUGGUUGACCAAGUUGAGCUCGAUCAAUUGAACGAGUCAACUAAACUAGGAACAGUGGAGACUCUUCUAAGAGGAGCAGACACCGAGAAAACUUCCAUCAUCGAAACUUUUACUAAUGAAGGAUUUAAAUUUUUGCCCUUGGCUGAGUUCGAGAAAUUGACUACUCCCCCUGAUGAAACUAAGACUAAAGCUAUCGACAAGCCAUCCAAUAACAUUGCCUCUUCUAUUAGAGCUAAUAGAAGAAUCUCUAGAGAUGGGUCUAUUUUCAGUGACGAGAACAAUUUCGUUGACGCAGAAGAGUCUUUCUUAUUGGAUGAAGAGGAAUUAUCUUUGAGUGCUGCUAGGAUUGGUAUGGUUGUUAUUAAGGACGACGAGUAUAUCAGCUUGUUGGGUAAAAAGCCCGAUGAACAAGAUGUAGAGGAGUACUUGAAAGAGCAUGCCUUAGUGAUGAUUUCUGAAGCGGAGUUGCUUACGUACAAACAAGAUUUGGCAGAAAAAGACUCGAAAAUCUUCGAAUUAUCCCAAAAGGAAGCAGACAUUACAAAAGAAGUGGUGAUGACAAAACUGGCUGAAUUAGGAUUAUUCUCCUUAACUAGAGAAGAGUAUGAGCAGCUCAAGAAGUCUCAGAUUGAGAACAUUACUGGUGACCAAAUCAGUACUGUCGCUGCACAGUUUGGGUUAGUUCCCAUUUCAAAAAGAGACCUUGAAACACUUCAAGCUUCCAAGGAGAUUGUCAGCAAUUCGGCUAACUUUUCAAAAGCUGGAAAGGCCUUGGGGUACCUUGUAUUACCAGGUAAUGCUUUCAUUCCUACUACUGCCAUGAGAGAACCUGACACCUCAAAGGUGACAGCUAUCCCUACUUCCUAUUACACCAAGUUGUUAAGAAAUGAAGGCUUGAAUAUUGAAAAGGUUUCGGAUGAAGUCUUCAAGAAGAAUGCAGAGAAGCGUGGUUAUGUCCACGAAGAUGAUAUAUUGGUUCCUCCUACUAUUACCAGUGACGUUGAGUCACCCACUCCUUCACUGAAGGCAAGCCCAGAAAUAGCUCUGGUUGCCAGGUUCGCUACGCCAGUGCGUACCUCCACCAUCACCUCACCAGGUUCGAAGAGCAUGGCUCAUCAACCACACAUGUCGAGAUCAAACUUAUCAAUUCAUUCCAAUGCCCACAGUUUCACUGAUACCGUAAACACUACAGGCAUACUUUCCAUGGCUACCAAUGUUUCGCUAACUGACAGGUCGAUGAUCCCUGCCAUCACUCAAGUGGUAAUUGGUGAAUUCGUAUGGAAGUAUCACCGGAGAUUGGGACCAUUCACGUCUAUUCGUGAAAGCCGUCACGAGAGAUACUUCUGGGUCCAUCCAUAUUCGUUGACACUCUAUUGGUCGACAGUCAAUCCUUCCUUAUCCAAUCCUAGUCCUGCUAAAACCAGAGCUGCAGCAAUUGUCAGCGUGGAAAGUGUAGAUGACAAUAACCCAUUACCUACUGGUUUAUACCAUAAGAGUAUUGUUGUUCAUUCUCAAACGAGAUCCAUCAAGUUCACUUGUUCUAACAGAAGAAGACACAAUGUUUGGUUCAAUGCCUUGAGAUACAUGAUUAACCGAGAUUUGAAUGAAAUCACCUUCGAUCAAGAAAGUGCUAUAUUCGAAGAAGAUGAGGAUGGUGAACAAGAAGAACAAGACAGUUUCUACCAGAAUGCUGGAGACAGAAGGGCGUAUCCAAGAAAGAGAGUUUCUUCGACCCCUUCGCAAUUAUUCAGACAAAGAUCAUCAGUUAGAGUCAGCAGAUUUAAUUCGUUGAAACAAUAG